AAAAAGGCUACCAAUACAAAAUAUUAUAAUAUGAUUUCAAUAGUAAAGGCUGCCUUUUUGCCUGCCUUCUCAUCAUAUAAUAAUCUCAUCUCAAUCAAAAAAGCAACAAAAAGUUGCACCAAAAUCCAUUCAACUCAGAGCCCAAUCACCACCAUAUCUGCCCAAAAGGACACUUUGUUGAUCUUUUUCGUGUUCAAUUCCCAUUCUAUCAUUCUAUGUUUUUCUCUUUCUACUAUUUUUAUUCACUUUUUUUUUUGUUUACUUGCUUCAACUCAGUCUUUUAAAGAAGAUCAGCUUGUUCACAAAUUUGCAACAAUCUUAAAGCAACCAAAAAAAUAGUAAAAAGAAAGCUAUUUUUAACUAAAGAGCUGCGUUUUUUAAGGACCCAGUUCGAUUUUGUUCAGGUUUUUGUAUUUUAAGGUUCCUGAAAGUGUUGGUAGUAAGAGGUUUGAGAGGUUCUGUUUUGGAUGGGGGCUUGCUGGAGCAAUGGGAUUAAAGCUGUGACUCCUUCUCUCACAGGGUUUAAUUCAAAGAAUGUGAGCAGAGAUGGGAGUGGCAUGAGCAAUUCGAGUAGCAAGUUCUCCUAUUCGGCUUCUAUGCCAAUGACUCCUAGGAGUGAGGGUGAGAUCUUGCAGGCAACCAAUUUGAAGAGUUUUGCCUUCACUGAGCUGAAAAUGGCCACAAGAAACUUCCGCCCAGAUAGUGUAGUAGGAGAGGGUGGGUUUGGUUCAGUUUUUAAAGGGUGGAUUGAUGAACAUUCGAUGACAGCUACCAAGCCAGGGACUGGCAUGAUGAUUGCCGUGAAGAGGCUCAACCAAGAAGGGCUUCAGGGUCACAAGGAAUGGUUGGCAGAAAUCAAUUAUCUCGGGCAGCUGCAUCAUCCUCAUCUUGUGAAGUUGAUUGGUUACUGCUUAGAAGAUGAGCAUCGGCUUCUGGUAUAUGAGUUCAUGCCUAAGGGUAGCAUGGAAAAUCAUCUGUUUAGAAGGGGGUCUCACUUCCAGCCACUAUCUUGGAGCCUCCGAAUGAAAGUUGCCCUUAGUGCUGCAAAGGGACUUGCUUUUCUUCACAAUGCUGAAACACAAGUCAUAUACCGUGACUUCAAGACUUCAAAUAUCCUCCUUGAUUCAAAUUACAAUGCAAAACUCUCUGAUUUUGGGCUGGCCAGGGAUGGGCCAACUGGUGAUAAGAGCCAUGUGUCUACUAGAGUUUUGGGAACUUACGGAUAUGCUGCACCAGAGUAUCUAGCCACAGGUCAUCUGACUGCCAAAAGUGAUGUUUAUAGCUUUGGAGUUGUACUUCUAGAAAUGUUAUCUGGUCGUCGAGCUAUAGACAAGAAUCGGCCAUCUGGACAACACAACUUGGUGGAGUGGGCAAAACCUUACCUGAACAGUAAACACAGGAUAUUUCGUGUACUGGAUUCCCGUCUCGAGGGCCAGUACUCACUGGGUCGGGCCCAAAAGGCAGCUAGCCUUGCACUUCAAUGCAUCAAUGUAGAACCUAAGAACAGGCCCAACAUGGAUGAGGUGGUAACAGCAUUGGAGGAGCUUCAGGACUUGAAGGACACAACAAGAAGUACUCAAAAGGAGCAUCGUGCAAAUGUUCAUAGCCAUUCCAAUGGUGUGACUAAGUCAUGCAGAAGUACUGCAGAAGAGGCUUCUAGAUUGACUGUUUACCCGAGGCCUUCUGCUUCUCCCCUCUAUGCUUAAUGGAGGACAAGUUUUUUAUACAGCUGAUAUAUCUUUUCUGUUUUGGAUGAGUUUUAGCAGGAUGCAGAACAGAGUUUCAGGAGUUCAGGCAUGCACCAUUACCAUGUUUCUUCAACCAGUGUACAGUUUUUGCUUUCAGCCUUGUAAUGUUUUCUCCUCUACUCUAAGAACCAUUGGAAGGCCCCUCUAUCUAGCAUGUGGUUCAAAGAAUGUGUUUGUGAUGAUUGAAGCCAGCGUUGAAAUGUGUAAUUUAGCUCAUUUGAGUCUUUAUGUCUCUUUGGGACUUGAGGUGAUCAUGUUUGUUCUUGUGGAGUCGGAGAUAUUUAGCCCAAAAUGUUAUAUAACAGCCAUAUUUUUGUGAGAGCA